AUGUCUGCUAAGUCCAUUCUCGAGGCCGACGGAAAGGCCAUCCUCAACUACCACCUCACUCGUGCUCCCGUCAUCAAGCCGACUCCGCUCCCUCCCUCCACCACCCACAACCCUCCUUCCAGACUCGCCUCCAUCUAUUUCCCCGACGACCUUGCUGUGAAGGAUGUCCUUGACCAGGCUGAGGUCACCUAUCCUUGGCUCCUCACUCCCGGCUCCAAGUUUGUCGCCAAACCCGAUCAAUUGAUCAAGCGCCGUGGCAAGAGCGGUCUCCUUGGUCUCAACAAGACCUGGGCUGAGGCUAGGGAAUGGAUUGAGGCUCGUGCCGCAAAGGAAGUCCAGGUUGAGACUGUCACUGGUGUCCUUCGUCAGUUCCUCGUCGAGCCCUUCGUUCCUCACCCUCAAGAGACCGAAUACUACAUCAACAUCCACUCCGUUCGUGAGGGCGACUGGAUCCUCUUCACCCACGAGGGUGGUGUCGACGUUGGUGAUGUCGACGCUAAGGCUGAGAAGCUGCUCAUCCCCGUCAACCUCAAGAAUUACCCCUCCAACGAGGAGAUCGCCAAGGCCCUCUUGAACAAGGUCCCUGAGGGUGUCCACAACGUCCUCGUCGACUUCAUCUCCCGUCUCUACGCCGUCUACGUGGACUGCCAGUUCACCUACCUCGAGAUCAACCCCUUGGUCGUCAUCCCCAACGCUGAGGGUACCUCCGCCGAAGUGCACUUCCUUGACUUGGCCGCCAAGCUGGACCAGACGGCCGAGUUCGAGUGCGGUACCAAGUGGGCCAUUGCCCGCAGCCCUGCCAACCUGGGCCUGGCUUCCGUUACCCAAGGCGACAAGGUCAACAUCGACGCUGGUCCUCCCUUGGACUUCCCCGCUCCUUUUGGUCGUGAGAUGAGCAAGGAGGAGAAGUUCAUCUCCGACAUGGACGCCAAGACCGGUGCCUCGCUCAAACUCACUGUCCUCAACCCCAACGGUCGUGUCUGGACUCUCGUUGCAGGUGGUGGUGCUUCCGUCGUCUACGCGGACGCCAUUGCCUCCGCUGGUUUCGUCAGUGAGCUCGCCAACUACGGUGAGUACUCGGGUGCUCCUACCGAGACUCAGACCUUCAACUACGCCCGUACCGUCUUCGACCUCUUGCUGCGGGCUCCCACUCACCCCGACGGCAAGGUCCUGUUCAUCGGUGGUGGUAUUGCCAACUUCACCAACGUCGCUUCCACCUUCAAGGGUGUCAUCCGCGCUCUGCGGGAGGUCGCCACUACCUUCAACGAGCACAAGGUCCAGAUCUGGGUCCGCCGUGCUGGUCCCAACUACCAGGAGGGUCUGAAGAACAUCAAGGCUGUUGGUGAGGAGCUUGGCCUUGACAUGCACGUUUACGGUCCCGAGAUGCACGUCAGUGGUAUUGUGCCAUUGGCUCUCUGUGGGAAGAAGACGGAUGUCAAGGAGUUCGGUGCUUAA